CUGCCGACCACCGACCGAAGAGAGGUCACGGUUAGCCGGCCAACCGACCGGUCGGUUCCGGUUUUAGGAUCGGUUAGCCGGCCAACAGAAAAAAAUACAUUUUCCACAAAAAUAAUAAAUAAAUAAAUAAAACAAAAAAAACUCCACCACUCCUUCCUUAUCUACUCCUUUCUCCUUCCUUCCUCCACCAGACCUCUUCUCUCUCCUUCCUUCUUCUUCUCUCACCUUCUUUCUCCAUGGCCCAUGCAAACAGAUCUGCAGGGGCGGCGAGGCGCGCGGCGACGGAGGCGAGGCGCGCGGCGACGGAGGCGAGGCGCAUGGCGACGGAGGCAGGGGAGGGCGGCGAGGCGCACGGGCGGCAAGUUGUGGUGGCGGUGGAAGGAGAGGUAGCGGAGGAGGUAGGGGAGGGCGGCCGGAGUCAUCGGAGGAGGGAGGAUGGGGGAGGAGGAGGGAGGAUGGAGGAAUGAGAGGUCAAAGGAAGGAGGAUGGGGGAGGAUUAGAGGAUGGAGGGCUGCUCACAACUGCUAGGGUUUAGGGAGAGGUGGGUGGUUUUAUUUAGGCCAAAACGGGGUCGUUUAGCGUCUGUUAGUCGGUUUUUCGGCUAACCGCCUAACCACUAAACGCAUCCGACAACCGACCUCCACCUUUUUUUCGGUUUCCAGUUAGCCGCUAACCGGCAAACGAACUGACAGCCCUAGUUUUAAGUGAAAAGAUAGUGAUAAUUAUAAAAAUGUAAUCAAGAUGCUAUUCUUAUCUCUUGUGGUUUUCUUUCUGGAUUUCUGUAUAAUUUCCUUUUUUUCUAUUUUCAGCACUGUGCAUGCUUUGCAACUUGGAGAGUAAAAGAGACAUACCGAUUCUUCCCCAGUACGUAUGGCGGGCCAUUUAUUUGGGCCCCCACAGCACACUCAGCCCAUACAUAUGGAGGGGAAAAGCAAAGCGGGGCCCACUUGCAAAAUAUCUUUAAAAGCUUGGGGAAUUUUAGUUCUUAAUCACUUUAUGAUGAUCAUAAGUUAAAUUAGAUUAGUGGUGACUAUUGAUAUGGUUGGAUUCUUUUUUAUGUGUACAAAUAUUGGAUCGACAAUGGAGCAUGAUAUACAAAGAUGUGAUUGUGGACCCAGUUCAAUAACUCGUAACAUAUUACAAAACAUGACAAUCCAAUAAUGUCAGCAUGUAUUGAUUGUCCGCAUAUAUAUUAGUAAUGAGAUUCUCUAUAUAAUAAGCACGCAUUGCUAUG